CCCCAACCAAGGCAGGCUUGACACGGCGUCAUCAAACGGCGUACACAAUUUUGAGAGUGAGCAUUGUAUACAAUGGAUCUUAAGCUCCCUACCCAGUCAGAUAUUGUUGCUGUUUUGGAAAAGCAAACUCAGUCUUCUACUGAGGCCAACGAUUUACCUAUCGAGCAACAUGGAACGCAUGUCCAUCCCACGCCAACUUCUGAUCCACUGGACCCCCUGAAUUGGUCUCAAUGGCGGAAACACACCGUCCUAGGAAUUGUCAUGUUCAAAUACUUCCUUUUCACCUACAUCACAACCACCACUGUUCCAUCUUUCGCUGAAAUCCAACUCCAGUAUGACAUCAACUAUUCACAGGUGAACUGGACCGUCGCCAUCCCCGCUCUGGGGCUAUCUCUCGGACCGCUCUUCUGGUCCUCGCUUGCCGACAUCUAUGGCCGACGCAUUGUCUUCAUCGUCGGGUCGAUCAUCGCUCUCGUCUCAACCAUUGGAGUCGCAGUGGCAGGUAACUAUAGUGGGUACAUGGCUGGUCGGUUUUUCCAGGGGAUUGGGGUGAGUCCGGCGUCCUCAGUAGGAAUGGCGAUUGUAACGGACCUCUUCUUCGACUAUGAACGCGGCCAAAAGCUCGGUCUAUGGGUUCUUGCCAUCGACUCGGGCUUACUUCUUGGUCCUCCCUUCGGCGGUUUCCUUAAUCUCGUCAGCGCACAAUGGACAAAUUGGUUCAAUGCGAUCCUUUUUGCCACUCUGCUAGUCCUCGAACUAGCUCUUAUGCCUGAAACCCUCUACCCACGCGCAAUGAUGCUUCAGCGCUUAUCGGCUACUGAGAAGCCAAGUGUAAACGGUCCAUGUGCCGAGGAAACCGGGGUAAAACGCACCAAAUCUCUGCCAUUCCUCAACAUCACUCCAAUCCCGGGCCUUGCUCAUCCGCCAAUCUAUGCUUCCCUGACCAGAUUCUUCCUUACAUUCCGCUUCUCCGUCAUCCCAGUGGCUGUCCUUGGGUACUCAUUCACAUGGUACUGGUGGAUGAUGUCUGUGAUCACGAUGGUGCCGUCUGCGUAUGCAUCGGACUCGCCUCUCAUCCAGGGACUACUGUUUCUGGGCCUUUUGAUAGGGUCGCUAAUUGCGGAGGUGGGCUGCUCGGGACGACUGAGCGAUGCCAUCGUGGAGAGAUUGGCAAAGCGCAAUGGCGGUAUCCGAGCACCUGAGAUGAGGCUGUGGUUGGCCUAUCCGGCAAUUGGACUGACUGUUGUGGGCUUGAUCGUGUGGGGUAUUAGUGUUGAUAAAGCGUACCACUGGAUCGUGGGACAGAUGGCUUUCUUUUUAUUCUCCGCUGGAAUCCAAAUCGGCAAUACCGUCACGAGCAGCUACAUCAUAGAUGCCUAUCCGCUCCAGUCAAGUAGUGUGGUCAUUUUCUAUGCGGUAUUUCUGAACCUGAGUGCAUUUGCGAAUCCGUUCUUCAUUGCCCAAUGGGAAGCCGCAGUCGGCUGGACCUGGACGUUCACCACACAAGCAUUGAUUACCCUUGUGGCUGGGACAGGUAUAUUCGUUUCCUUACAUGUUUUUGGGCCGUCCUGGAGGGCCAGGGCGGUGCCGGGGUGGGUGAACCCGGAAUUCGAUUCCUGA